AUGAGGAUAGAUGCCAAAAAGGAUUUGGGCAUCCGGGUCUCCUCAAACUUGUCCUUCUCACUGCACCAUGAGAAAUCGGCCCAAAAGGCAUUCGCCAUUUUACGGAUGAUCCAACGCACCUUCUCCCGGCGCACAAAGGACGUCACCCUCAUUGAGCGUGUCCAGCGGGCCGCCACGAGAAUGGUUACCGGCCUCAAAUCCAUGGACUACGAAACGCGUCUCGCGAUGCUUGACCUCUUUCCUCUGGAGGACCGUCGCCUCCGAGGGGACCUAAUUCUUACUCACGCCCUGUUUGAACAAAGCUUGGCAAACAGGCUUUUCACCGUUGACCCAGCAAACACACGGCGGGUACAUAGAAAGAAAAUUUUCAACCUCAGAGCACAUACAUUCAUUAGAAAAUUUUUUUUCUCAUUUCGGGUACUGCGUGGAAUGACCUUCCUCCGACGGUUGUCCACGCUCCUUCUAGAACCCAGUUUAAAGCACUAUUAG